UAUAAGGAGGACUUUGAGAAGAUGAGGGGUCAGAGUUUGUUUGUUCCCGGAGCCGAACUCAUCCACGCCAAAAACAUCAGCGCUGUCAUAUCUGAGUCAAAGUACAAAGAGGAGGGGAAGAAGGAGGCGUCGAUGUCUCUGUACUCCGUCCUGCCGGAGACUCCUGAGACUCAGCGAGCCAGAGAGGCGUCAGAGCUGCAGAGCGAAGUUAAAUACAAAGGAAAUGUGAAAACGGAGAUUUCCUCGUCUCUUUAUUCUCUGCUGCCGGAAACCACCGAGACUCAGUUUGUCAAAGAGCUGACGGAGAUACUGAGCGAGAACAAGUACAAGGAGGAGGGCAGGAAGGAGAUGAGCAGCAGUUUGUACUCUCAGCUUCCCGAAACCGCAGAGAUGCAGCUGGCCAAGACCGUCCACGAGUUUCAGAGCGAGAAAAAGUACAAAGAGGAUGGGAAGAGAAAAGCCUCCAUCUCUCUCUACUCUCAACUCCCCGAAACGCCAGAAAUACAACACGCUCUGGAGGUGUCCCAGCUGCAGAGUGAGGUGAAUUAUCGUCCCAAGAUGCUGGUUAAAGGAGCUCCCUCCUCGCUCUACUCUCAGCUCUCCGAAACCACAGAGAUCCAGUUUGCCAGAGAGAUGACAGAGAUGCAGAGCGAG